AUGACAAAGCGUGUCACCAAAAAGAAUGUUUCAAGCAGGAUAUGGCUUUCAAUACUUAUAGCAGCGAUAGUUGGAUACAUCGCACAUCAGUACACGGACAUUUUCGUCGAACUUUCUGCCUACAAAUUAAAUGAGGAGGAGAUAAAGUUACUUAAAAAAGCGCUGCUUGAACAGACGGUAAUCGUUCACGAACAAAUAUGUAGCAGAACAUCCAAUUUCUGCUACACAAUAAAGGAUUACGUCACAAUGGACAAUGAAGAUUUCAUAGUGGUAAGAGUUAUGGAAUUGAAUAGUGCCCAAAACAUCAUCUUUUCUGGUGCACAUUUAACCUUUCCAAAAGAAAUAACUAAAGAGAAGCUGCACACAAAAACAUGGCCUAUAAACAAAAGGAAACUUACAAGUAUUUACACCAGGAUGAUGGUUGGGAUGAGUUUUGCUAUGGAAGGGCUCGAAUUCGAUACCACUUCCACGCAAAAUGUGCUUAUGAUCGGUCUAGGAGGAGGAGUCAUCAAUAAUUUCCUGUCCACACUUGGUCCUGAGAUGAUGAUUAACCUUACUACUGUUGAGUUGGACUCUGAUAUGCUUUCUGCGGCAAUAGAUUGGUUUCAAUUCAAUGAAACACACAACAACCGCGUUGUAAUUGAUGAUGGAAUAAUAUUUAUCCGUGAUGCGUCGGAAAGGGGCGAUAAGUACAAGGCGAUUAUUAUCGAUGCAUGCUACAGCGAACUCCGACCACUGUGUUGCCCGGUUGAAGGAUUUUAUAAUCCUGACACCAUCGCAGACAUUUCUAAUAUAUUAGAAGAAAAUGGAAUAGUUUCUGUGAAUGUUGUCACCACCUCUGAAAAGAACACAAGUAAAAAAGAACAAAUCAUGGCUGCCUACAAGAAACAUUUCACUUCUUGCUCCUAUACCAUCAUUUCUCCACAACAACAGGUUUUAUUUUGUACACAUCGCAAAAAAUGGAGCUACCAUGAGCAGGAAAGCCGUUUUCAAAGGAAUCUUCAACGAGUUGAUCAAACAUUUGAUUUUCAACUGAAAAACUCGUACACGAUACAUUAA